GGGCACAAUCCCAAUCCCAAUCCCACUCCUGAUCCCCAGCUGGGCACGGGGCUCUCCGGGACCUCUCCGCGGUCCUUGCGGGAGCUGCUUUAGGGCAGGAGUGUUCAUUCUGAGGGAGAAAAGCGCAGCACCGCCAUGCCCGGCGCCGCAGCCGAGCGGGCGGAGCGGCCCCGGCCGGGCCCGGCGCUGCCGCUGCCGGGAGCUGCGGGAGGGAGCGCCGCCCCCGCUGCCAUGGCCGCCCGGAGAGUUUGGAAUAUGUAAGGAGCUGUCAGAGGAAUCAUCUGACAUCAUCUUUUAAUUUCUGCCUCGUCAGGAGAAGGAGCUGCACAAUCAGGAUCAGCACGAAAACAGUGACUGAUGAGCAGGAAUUUGCUGGUGGCUGCCACUCCAGGGCUUUGAUGCUCCUGCCCUGCCCUGUGCCUCCAGGAGUGUGACCCCCCCCAGUCCUGGGGCACCCCACAGCUGAGAUGGUGGCCUUUAACUGGAAGGCUCUGGAGAACUUCCCGCUGCUGAUGUACAUUUUGGCAGCUAAAACUCUGAUCCUUUGCUUGGCUUUUGCUGGAGUCAAAAUGUACCAGAGCAAGAAAAUUGAGGAGAAACUGAAGAGGGAACGUGAGCAGAAACUGAAAGCAGAAGCAGAGAAGAAGGAUGAGUGAAGAGUCCCUCAGGUUCCUGACACUUGGAUUCCCUUCCCAGGAGGAUGAAGCCUUCCUGGAAAAGAAGGACGGGUGACCUCAGAGUGACACUGAAAUGAUCUCUGUUUUUAUGUGUACAGCAAAGCAGCUGAGCCUCUAUUUAUGCAAUAAAUAAAAAAAAAAGUCUUUGUUUAAAAAAUAAA